GUCACCAGGCGGUCUCUCUGACGAGAAGGCGCCGCCAUUUUCAGUCAUUGGGCUAGAAGAACGGAGAGAGGCGGCUGUGGUGCGUUCUGUGAACGGUACAUUGGGGAGCUUAUCAAAAGAUGCCAGCUGACAAUUUCGAUGUCGCUACAGAACCCCGAAAACCCAGGGGACGAGGAAAUCGUGGCAGAGGCAACUUUGGACGAGGGAAUCGUGGGAUGAAAGGACAGAUGCCUUUUGGCCGAGGGAAGCUGCAAGAUAAACCAAUGAAUGGAAUGAUACCAAUGAGGCGUGGAAUGGGGCGGAUGCACCCGUAUAUGGACCCCAGAGGACGUGGCGGAAUAAGAGGGCGACCUCCAGGAUUUAUGCCGCCACCACCACUUCCUCCAAGAGACAUGGGAGAGCCCUUUCCACCAUCACCCCCACCUCCUCCUCAUUUCUACUCUUUAAGGCGUGGCCCUCCUCCUCCACCACCACCACCAGGGCUUAUGGGCUUCAGAGGGAUGCCACCUCCUCCACGUGGCCGGGGUAUGUUGCCUCCACCCCCUCCAAGAGGGAACUUCAUGCCACCAAGAGGCUUUCCCAAUGGACGCGGUGCUGCAGCACAUCCUCCGCCACCUGGCCGGGGCCAGCGAUGGCCCGUCCCGCCAGGUGGCAGACGCUUUUAAAGAGACACACUGUUUAGAAUCCAUUACAGAUUUUAACUGACCGGAGAGCGAGCGAGAUUUUUUUCCUUUUUGUCUUUUUUUGUUUUCAUUGCCAAAUGAGCAUUUUUAGUUUUCCAACAGCCCUCACAUGCUAAUCGGCAUACAAACAAAAAAAAAAGGCCAAACGGCAUUAUAUA